CUCUCAUUCAUUAAACAUUCAAACUUUCUCUCUUUCCCAGAUCCUUUCAAGUCUUUUUAUUGUUUAUCCACUUGGGAUAUAGAAGCCAUGGGUUUCAAGCUGCCUGGAAUUGUUAGCCCCAAAAGAAGUCUUACCCGAUCUUCAUCUAAUGCAAACAAGACAGCUUCAAAAACCUUAGAUAUCCCAAAAGGCUAUUUUGCGGUCUAUGUUGGAGAGAGCCAGAAGAAGCGAUUUGUGAUUCCAAUAUCAUACUUGAACCAACCUUCAUUCAUGGAUUUACUGAGUCAAGCUGAAGAAGAAUUUGGAUAUGAUCAUCCCAUGGGCGGUAUUACAAUUCCUUACAGUGAGGACACCUUCCUUGAUCUCACUUCCAGCUUAAGUGUGUGACUGAAUGAUGAAAUGAAAAUGGGAUCCAACUUCAUAUUCAAAAGGCUUCAGAAUUUCAGAACAUGCUGCUGAGUCAAGAUGAAGAAGAGGCGAGGCCAUGAUUGAUCAUCAACUGAACCGACUCAGCUUCUGCUUAGGGGAAGCUUGUGCGUGUUUGCAGCUGCAAUGGAGCUGAGCUGAAAGAUACACAAGUUAUGAAGCAGACAUAUGAGAAUAUUGUAUGCAUCUUCAACAAC